GACCGGCUCCUCGCACGGAAGAACGAAACGAAAAGGACUGAAACAAGGGAAGGAUCCGUGCCGGACCUUCAGAGGAAGGUCACGAAGCAAGAACGCAUUUAGACUUCUUCUCCGCUUUUUCCGCUGAUACGAGCUGCAGCGACUUCUUCUCCCCCCCUGCGAUUUCUUCUUCUUUCUCACUCCGAUGGCGUUCUGAAGUGACUCCGUGCACUAUGAUUCGGUGGCUGUUGUUCCUGCUUCUCGCCCUCGGGUGCACGGGCCGACUCGGCCGGGAAUCCGACAGAUACACCGAGUUCUCGGAGCUGUGUCCGCCCUGCUGCUACGUCAAGUAUCCGAGCCAGUGCCGGCACGUGUGCCUCUGCGACGUGCGGUUCGUGCGGCCCCGAUUUCGAAGGCUGUUCUGGAGACGCUGAGAACGACGCGAACCCGAUCCAUCGAGAAGUGAGACGAGAUCCCGAUCGUUAUAAGUUCCGGUGGAUUUCGAGAGAACGGUGAAGGAGAAAUUUGUGCCGAGACUUUAAGAGCCCUAGACAGUGACUCC